CUCCCUUUUCAUGCAUUGCCAAGUGCCACUCCUACUCCACCGCCACUCUUUAUUCUUUCCAUCUUCAUCAUCUUCACCAAAUCUAUUCAACCAUUUUCCUUUUUCAAUACAAAUUUUGAAAAUCCGGCCAACAUGGAGAAAGAGCCGCUCCUCCCUUUCAAAAGGCCAACCCUCUCUCUCCACUCUCUCCCCGAACACGACGAAAUCACCAUCCCACCCUCCCCUUCCUCCAAACACCUCAAAGAUUUCCUCAUUUUCGGCCCCCCCACUCCCCCUUCUUCCUCCACCGCCCCCGAUUUCCUCGAAGCCCUAGCUCUAUCCCUCAAUUCCCCAAGGCCCACUUCACAAAACCCCCUCAGUUUCGAUUUCCAUCCCCAAAAAUCCAGUCUUGACGACCCCCAUUCAUGCCCACCACCACCUGCCAAGAAUCUGCACAGGUCCAAGACCGCUCCGGCCAUGACCAACAUCAACGAAUUUCAAGAAUUCCCAGAGGCGGCGGAGCAGCCGCAGUUUGGUAAGCAGCGUGUGGUGAGGCAGGGUGUGGUGCUUUUGGUUAUCUAUUUGAGCCUUGGUGUGGUGAUUUAUUCUCUUACUAGGGGUGAUUUCAAAGGGAAUGAGACUCACCCUGUUGUUGAUGCUCUGUAUUUCUGUAUUGUGACUAUGUGUACAAUUGGGUAUGGUGAUAUAACCCCUGAUAGUUUAGCAACUAAGCUGUUUUCAGUCUUGUUUGUGUUGGUGGGGUUUGGUUUCAUUGACAUUUUGCUGACUGGGAUGGUUAGUUAUGUGCUUGAUUUGCAAGAGAAUUAUCUGCUGAGGACUAUUAAUAACAAGGGUAGUGAUGCUAGGUCUUACAUAGUUGAUGUGAAGAAGGGGAGGAUGAGGAUUCGGAUGAAGGUUGCGUUGGCCUUGGGCGUUGUCGUGGUGUGCAUUGGAGUAGGUGUUGCUGUGAUGCAUUUUGUGGAGAGGUUGGAUUGGGUGGACUCAUUGUAUCUGUCUGUCAUGUCUGUGACUACGGUUGGGUAUGGCGAUAGGGCGUUUCACUCGCUGGGGGGUAGGAUUUUUGCCUCGGUUUGGUUGCUUGUGUCGACUCUUGCUGUGGCUAGGGCGUUUCUUUACCUGGCGGAGGCGAGGGUGGACAGGAGGCAGAGGAGGAUGGCACAGUGGGUGCUCGACCAGCAUAUGACCGUGGCGCAGUUUCUUGCUGCUGACAUUGAUAACAACGGGUUUGUCACUAAGUCAGAGUACGCGAUCUACAAGCUCAAAGAGAUGGGCAAGAUCUCAGAGCACGACGUUGCCAAGAUAUGCCAGCAGUUUGAGAGGCUUGAUGCUGGCAACUGUGGGAAGAUCAGUCUAGUCGACCUUAUUGAAAGCCGUCACUGAGUGAAGAACAUGAGCUUCUUCAUCGUCGUUAUCAUCAAGAUUGAGGCUUUUGUGCAAGAUUUAGACCGAUGAUUUGAGAUACAGUAAAAUGUACUUGACAAUGACUCUCCUAUCUGUGGAAGGGAUGCGCGUUCUUGGCUCUUGGUAUGUGUGGUUAUACUUCCGGCUGGACGAGCUCACUUGCAUCAAGAUUAUAGGUGAAAUGGGGAAACAUGGGCUGAAGAAGAGAGGGCAAGCUUGGAGGGGAACAAAACAACUAAAGAUUUUGAAUGACAGAUUUUUGUUUUUUAGUUAAUAUCCUUUAGUCAAUUUUGCAUAUGCUCGUUUCUUUUAUGUUGUACUAAUAGCUUUUAUUUGGCUCUAAAUUUGUAAAUUAACAUCAAAAUAUUACUCCAGUUUCUUUGGUGUCCCAA